UCCACUCCCUCAAUCUUUUGAAGAUGCAACGCAAAGCACCGUUCCUCAUGGAAUCCAGCGGCAUGAAAUGGUAAGUUUUAUCUAAAGACAUGCUUUUUCGUUUUUAUUGAAAUGACUUCCGAGCUACGAAGCAUAUAGUACCAAUGUCUGCUCUGACAAAAAUAUGGUCUGAGAACAUCCUGGCUAAGUUGUACUAAGUUCUCGAAGAGCUCAACAAGUAACGUUCUUUUCGGGCAUCGCACGCACCGAGAGAGCACUCUUUAUACUUACUGGGGCUUAUGAUUCAUUCUUUCCGUGGCCAACUAACGGGACCGCAAACAAACAACAAGACUGUUACACUUCGUUUAGCAACGCUCUCGAUCAACUCAACGUCUCACUCUGCUCGUUACAAGCCAAGCUUAUGGAACACAACAGCGUUCGCUUACACAAAACUUAAUCAUCCAACUUCCAAGACACGAAGUCAAUGUGACAAUAAAUGGCAACUCCAGAACAAGCAGCUCCCUCUCGUGAAUCGUAGAUGGAGCUGGAGCAGCAAGAAUUCUGGAUAAAGCCGCGCGCUCCACACUGUCCGAGAGAUCGAUCACUUUAAAAUCCCGUGGUGUGACAGUUUGAUUCAGCUCAAAGAUAGCUCUCCUUGAUCCACGAAGAAAAGAGAGAGUACUUCUCACAUGGUUGAAUCACCUGGGGACGAGAAUGAUGCCGGGGAUAUUCGCGGCCGUGACCCUGUUCACACCGCGACAGUUUAGAGCUUUUUUGGAGCCAGGGUUUGGGCGUUUCUUGCUGCUUCUUUCGCAAUCUCGGGCGUUUUCUCGGUUGCGAUGGCGCGAUCGAGGCGCUGCUGCUGGAGGUGGACCGUCGACGGCGUGCUACUUUGAUCGAUCGCAGCGCAGCAGAGAUGGGUCCUUGAUGCUGCCGACGAUGACCAUGGCGUGGUUCCUUCUUUCGCUUUGUCUGGGAUCGAUGCUAGCGCAUUCCAGUGGCGCUGCUGGGAUUCGUUUCCACAGUAGACGAGCCCUGCAAGCGCCGGAUUCUGCGUUGCUGGCUCCCUAUCAGGAUAUUGAUCCUCGAUCCUGGGCCCCUUUUCUUCCACCUCCAGUAGCUCCUUCUCCCAGUGAAGACCCACAGUCGUUCCAAUCACCGGUUUCUUAUUCUCCUCCAUCUCCAGCAUUCCCAGUUGCUACAUCACCUUUGCAAAAGCCUGCUGCGGUGGUUCUUCCCGCUUGGCUAGCGACUGCAGCUCCAAGUCCUCAUUCACCAGGGCCUUUGCUUGCAAAGCAUGAGCUUGACGAAGAUCAGGGGCUGCCAAAGCUCACCAAAGGCAUGCUGCUUACAGUUGUUCUCGUCCCAACUCUGCUCGGGGGCUCAAUCCUGUUCUCGACUUUCGUUGCAUGGAUGUGCCACCGGCCUCCAUCUCUGAGGCAUUCGCCGGCUGGUAGCCAACGCAGUGACGGAUACUCGUCCGGUGGUUCCGGACGAGGCCCGUUUGCACCGUGGCUGUGGGGACGUAGUUUCAAUGCCCCUCGAAAGGAACUCGCUCAUUCUUUCGAGUUUCCUUUGCUCCAGGCAGCAACUAGCAAUUUCGGUACUGCCAACUUGUUAGGAGAGGGCGGCUCUGGACGCGUUUACAAGGCACGACUAGACGACGACUGUUUUGCGGCAGUUAAAUUAUUGUUUAGCGAGGGGAAACAAGCGGAACAAGGAUUCCAGGCUGAGGUUGAACUCUUGAGUGGGAUUCGCCAUCCGAAUCUCGUCUCCUUGCUAGGAUUUUCCAGCCACGGAGAUCAGCGGCUUCUGGUGUACGAGUAUAUGCAGAAUGGAUCUUUGCAAGAUCAACUCCAUGGUCCUCUAAAGGGAUCGAUUCUUUCGUGGCACCUGAGAAUGAAAAUCGCACUUGACUCGGCAAGAGGUUUGGAACACUUGCACGAGCACUGCAACCCUCUUGUAAUCCAUCGGGAUUUUAAAUCGUCCAACAUCCUUUUGGACGCAAGCUUUAAUGCCAAAGUUGCGGACUUUGGGCUUGCACUGUCUGCUCCAACUGGAAUCAGGCAGGACGAGAUCGUUCGGGGAACUCUUGGCUAUGUUGCCCCGGAAUACAUCCUGAAUGGGAGCCUCACGGAGAAAAGUGAUGUGUAUGCAUUCGGAGUUGUUCUUCUGGAGCUUAUAACUGGGAGAAAGCCGAUCGAUCCAUCCAUGCCAACGGGAUCUGAGUCGCUAGUUACUUGGGUUCUGCCGCUCUUGGGGGAUCGAGCAUCGUUGCCAACGGUGAUAGAUCCUGUUCUCCAAGGAACCGUGGAUACAAAGCAUCUCCAUCAGGUUGCUGCAGUAGCAAUGCUGUGUGUGCAAGCAGAGCCGAGUUAUAGGCCACUCAUUGCGGAUGUUGUGAAUUCCUUGAUCCCGCUCGUUCCGAUUGAGCUGGGAGGGACAUUGCGUGUUGCAGAGACGGUGCUCGAGAACAAGUCAUUUGCGGCAUUGCAAUGGAACGUAUCCUCCAAUGACUCCAUUGUAUAUGGGGAGGAUGCUUACUAACGUUUGUGUAUGUUUAACUCUUUCGUAUUUGAAUUAUUAUUAUUACCAUUGAGACUAA